ACACAACCAAUCCUCUCCGCCUCUCCAACCUUUACCCCUCACCAUUUUCUUUUCUCACAGAAAAACACAGUCCGUCUUCCUUCUAGCACCUUCGUUUUCACGCGAAGCUAUGGCGCUCAAGAUUUCUCCGGCCUUUUCCUCCAUCCUGGCCUCUCGUGGCGGGGAUAACAGUCUGUUUACCUCUGUUUCUUCUGCCUCGCCGUCUGUUAUCCGCCUGAAGCCUACUGGCUCCGCGCCGUCGUCGGUGGUCUGCAGAGCGGCGAACGACAAACCUCUGACAGGGGUCGUAUUUCAGCCCUUCGAAGAGGUGAAGAAAGAGCUCGAUCUGGUGCCGACAUCUCCGAACGCCUCUCUGGCUAGGCACAAGUUUGUUGAUGCGUGCGAGGCUGCAAUCAACGAACAGAUCAAUGUGGAAUACAACGUCUCCUAUGUCUACCAUGCCAUGUAUGCCUAUUUUGACAGAGACAAUGUCGCUCUCAAGGGCUUGGCCAAGUUCUUCAAGGAAUCAAGUGAAGAGGAAAGGGAACAUGCUGAGAAAUUGAUGGAGUACCAGAACAAACGUGGUGGGAAAGUGAAGCUGCAAUCCAUUUUGAUGCCACUCUCUGAGUUUGACCAUGCUGAGAAAGGCGAUGCUCUUUAUGCAAUGGAACUUGCCCUGUCUCUGGAGAAACUAACAAACGAGAAGCUCCUGAAUUUGCACAGCGUUGCUGAAACUUCAAACGAUGUGCAACUGACUGAUUUUGUUGAAGGCGAGUUCUUGGCUGAGCAGGUUGAGUCGAUCAAGCAGAUCUCGGAGUAUGUUGCCCAACUGAGGAGGAUUGGGAAGGGACAUGGUGUAUGGCACUUCAACCAGAUGCUUCUCAAAGAGGGAGCUGCUGCAUGAUAAGCAACGCUGGCUAUCUCUUCUUGACAAGGGCUGUUGAGAUCAAUCGUGAUUGGGGAUUUCGUUCCUCCACCUUUUAUUUUGGUUUUGUGAGGUUUUUUGGAAGUUGUAGAGAUCAGAACAAGCUAUGGUUGUUGAACUUGGAAGCUAGGAAGUUUGUUUGCAGGUGGUGGAUGGAUGGUAUGAAAUGGUGGACGAUUGAUCGUUUUGAGUAUGCAUUUGCCAUUGCUUUGCCGAAGAAAAGAUUAGUUUCGACAUAAGAAUUGGAACGAGAACAAAAUGGAAGGGUAGCAAAGUCAACUUACUUCUCCCCCAACCAUUUCUUCUGUCAAGUGGAUUAAUACAAAUGAGUCAGGAGUCAGGUCCAAGGAAGGUUAAAGAAAAGAUAUCAUAGAUGUGAAAGGUCACAAGUCACAACCCAAAGCACACAACGCCACAACUCACAAGCAUACACAAUAUCCAGAUUUUACAGCAACUAACACCCAAGCCAACCCAAGAGGCAAUUGAUCUUCAGACACUAAAUCACCAUGGAGCAUCCGCCACAACAACAAAAGAAGACACCAGACCAUCUUUAAUUAGUUAUCUGGAACCAAAGCAGAGCUUCCAAGGAGAAGAGGAAACCUACAAUGAACAAAUCGACAUAGAGAUCGACUUCAAACCAAGAGAGAGAUCAUUGAUUCCAAACGACCAACUCGGGGCGCAAAUAUGGGAAAAUCAUAUCAGAAGCAAAACAACACCAUCAGCUAAAGAAAAGAGGAAAAUCCCAAGUUACACAUGUUUUAAAAAAAAAUUCUCAAAAUACACACGUUAUGAAAAUAAUUCACAAUCUACGCAUGUUUGGGUAUUCACCGCGGCAGAGAAAGGCGGUGAUUCACAGCUGUCGACGAUGACGGUGAUUGCAUCACCGCUGUCGACGAAGGCGGUGAAUGCUUCACCGCAGUACACGGCCGCGGUGAAGGCCUGACCUGCGUCGAAACUUUAAACAAACGUAACUUUGUGCUCAGUUAUCCGAUCGUAGCGAAUAUUUUUUUGAUUUCGCAUAAUUUUUCGAGAUCUUGCAAGCCACAACCAGCCGUAGGCAAUUUGGUCCCGCCUUCGUCUCGAAAAAAUGUCGUUUGCUACCCCGAACGAGCCUUUUUCGGUUUCGUCAAACUUUGAACGACCAUAACUUUGUGCUCCACAAUCCGAAAAUCAUGAAAUUUUUUUUGAUUUCGCAUAACUUUUUAAGGACUACAAUUUUUAGUAGGAGAGAAUUUUCAAAAAAUGAAUUAUUUAUGGAUAUAAGGGGUUUUGGGAAUAACUUUACCUUCCUUUUCAGGAAUCCAAGUACAUUCCGAAAAUAUGUCUAUGAUAAAAAUUGUAGUCCUUAAAAAGUUAUGCGAAAUUAAAAAAAAUUCAUGAUUUUCGGAUUGUGGAGCACAAAGUUAUGGUCGUUCAAAGUUUGACGAAAUCGAAAAAAGGCUCGUUCGGGGUAGCAAACGACAUUUUUUUUAGAUGAAGGCGGGACCAAACCGGCUACAAUGUUUGCGGCUUGCAAGAUCUCGAAAAAUUAUGCGGAAUCAAAAAAAAUUUCGCUACGAUCGGAUAACCGAGCAAAAAGUUACGUUUGUUUAAAGUUUUGACGCAGGUCAGGCCUUCACCGCCUUUCUCUAGAGCGGUGAUGCAAUCACCGCCUUCCUCUACGGCGGUAAUGCAAUCAUCGCCUUUCUUUCACGCGGUGAUGCAAUCACCGUCUUGCUCUGACACGGUGAAGGCCCAAACAUGUGUAGAUUGUGAAUUAUUUUCAGAACAUGUGUAUUUUGAGAAUUUUUUUUAAAAACAUGUGUAACUUGGGAUUUCUUUCGCUAAAGAAAGGCACGUAGAAGGAUUCCACUCAGGGAUAGAAAAGAUCCCAAAGGGCGAGAAAAAAAUAAAAAAUGUGAGAAAAGUAGAGAAAAUCGCUAAGCAAAAGUAAAGAAAACAGAUAGGA